GGCCCCCGCUUGCACCUCACCUUUGUGUUUGCUCGCGUGCACGUUAUUGCCGUCUUCUUCUUGUCGCUCCUUUGCGUUUCCUUUUGCGCAUUGCUCGCUUUCUUGGCGCUCGGUUUGUCUGUGCACUGGACAAGCUGCUCCGAGGUCGACUGUCCGGAACACACGGUGGGGCUAGGAGAUAACGUCUAGGCGCAUAGCAGUCGCAAGAGAACAGGGAAGGCUGCUCGAGCCUCAGCAACGACCAUGGCAGACACUAAGCGCCAGAGCAUGGUGGGAAAGGUUGCUACUCCCAACCUGAAGGCUGGUGGGGGUGCCAGUAAGGAUGUUGGUGAUGCGGAUUCGAACUUAUACAAGGCCGUUGGGUCACGUAUCAAGAUUACAUGCGCGCCUAACAAUAACGUCCUCGAAGGCACUCUCUUCACGGCCUGUAACACCACAAACGCAAUCGCUAUCAACACCGCUCCUGCUCCGCCAAACCCCUCCGCUUCGCUCUUCUCGCAACCCGGCGACUACCACAUCAUCCCCUUCGCACACAUACUGUCCUUCGAGAUCAUUGGGCUCGGUGAACGAGCACCAGAGCCAAACGCAGGGUUCGAUGGCGCAAUCCCAAGCAUCGCGAAGGUCGACAUGGCAGCGCUGAUGGCAAGAGAGGAGCAAACGAUCCGUGAGAUGAAGAAGAAGGAUGCACAAAAGGGCAAGGGCGUCAGCAGAGAGGCGCAGGAGAUAUUCGAUACACUCGCCAGGACACUCCCAACAAGAUGGGCAGACAAUCAGAUUGUCGUUAACGAUGCAGUUCUUGUCCAACCUCCGUACACAUUGGACAGCAUUAGGGCGCCGGCUGGCAAGGAGCAGAGCGUAGUACAGGUGAAGAAGAUCAUCGAGCGUUACUACCAGAAGAAGGCCACAGCCACACCGCGCAAAGGUGGUUAAGUCAAGCCUGAGCAGAGGCCGCGGCGAAGGCUGGCAAAAGAGCCAAGGUACCCGCACACCCGCGUGGAAGAGCAGAGGGCAGUUCUAAGAGCAGCUUCGAUCUUUCACGAAACGGAGAGUAUUGUGCGAGGGUGGCUGUUGCCAUAACACGAGGGACAGAAGUAACAUCCAGCACGCAUGAGGUGGACAUAUCCAACGACUUCGACAAGUAUGAAGGUUGACAGGAGAAUACCAAACACGAAGUCCAGACGUCUCAAUUGUGCGGCUCUUACUUGCACUGAUCACCACGCAAGUCAUCGUACCCCAUUUGG